AUGGCGCAAUACUACACCUCAACAACACUACUAUCACUACUGUUCCUCCUCUUCCUCCUCUGCCCGACGGAGCCCGCCGCCGCCGCUUGCGACGGCGACGACAAGUCGUCGUCCGGCGGAGGAGGAGGAGGAACGCUGGUCAAGUACAAAGUCGGCUCGAUGGCAUCCAUCCUCGCGGCGGGAGCCAUCGGGGUGAGCCUGCCGCUGUUCCUGAAGCGCUCCAAAACGACGUCGUCCGAGACCGCGGUGGCACCCGACGACGGCGGCCACGGCGGGGCGGCGGGAGGCGGCGGCGGAGGGAUGCUGAUCGUGAAGGCGUUCGCCGGCGGGGUGAUUCUGGCGACCGGGCUGGUCCACAUCAUCCCCGACGCGUUCGAGAAGCUGGGGUCGGACUGCCUGCCGGAGGUCCCCUGGGGGAAGUUUCCGUUCGCCGGGUUCGUGGCGAUGAUGUUUGCGAUCGCCACGCUGUCGAUGGAGUCGCUGGCGAUGGGGUUUUAUAAGAGGCAGCAGCAGCUUCAUCAGAAGAAAGGCGGCGAUGAUGUUGGUGACGAGAAUAUUGAAGCGGCGGGUGGUGAUCGGAAAGAUGAUGAUGAUGACGAUGAGAUGAUCCGGCGGCGGAUUGUAUCGCAGAUACUGGAGAUGGGAGUGGUGGUUCAUUCGACGAUUAUUGGGAUGUCGUUGGGGACUUGUAAGAGUGUUAAGACGGUGAAGCCGCUCAUGGCGGCCUUGACUUUCCAUCAACUGUUCGAAGGUGUCGGGCUGGGAGGCUCCAUUUCUCAAGCGAAGCUGAAGAUGAAAUCGAGGGUGUUAAUGGCGGUAUUCUUCUCAAUCACAGCACCAAUCGGAAUCGGGAUCGGGAUGGGGAUCUCAAAUCACUACAAGGAGAACAGCUCGGCUUCCCUGAUCGUGGAGGGAAUGUUCACCUCGGCGUCGGCCGGGAUUCUGAUUUACAUGGCUCUGGUGGAUUUGCUGGCGACGGAUUUCAUGGGCGGGAAGAUGUUGGAGUCGGAUUUCAGGGUUCAAGUGGGAGCAUAUGCUUCGCUUUUCCUUGGAGCUACGUCCAUGUCGCUCUUGGCACUUGUAGUUUGA